UGUGGAGGUGGGCAAAUUUCAACUCAAUGCGCGCUAUUAGAUUCUUCUUCUUAUUUUUCUUCUUUCUGUUGUUGUUUUCAAGUCAGUUCUCGUAAAAGGUUAGUAGCAAUUGUAAUAUUCCCCAUUUCGCUAGUCCCUAUUUACAAUUCUGGAUAACAUAUAUGGGAAAUAUCGAUCGAUCGAUAGUAAAAAGGAAAAUUAAAAAGCAGAAAGAUGGUGAUAGUAACUUCUUAAAAAUAUACAAAACAAGGCAGUAUGAAGUUGAACUAUUCCAGAAACAGAUGACAUCAACAUUUAUCCAUGUGAUGUAUGUAAUGUAGUCGAAUACGUUUCUUCAUUGAAGGAUCGAUCACCUGUAUUGAGUCAUUACAGCUUGACACACACAAUGCCAACAAUAAAGACAACUGGAGUUUCGAAGGAUAAUUGUGCGUAAAUUAAAAUAUUACAUCAUAGAACUUCAAUAUUGAUAAUAAUAAUAAUAGUAAUAAUGGGAACUGUACUUUCAGCACUGUCUACAGAUGAAUCCGUACAAUAUUCUUUUGCUACACCAAGACGAACAACACUGAAUGAUUCGCAUAGAAGAAAAGAUUUUAAAUAUUCGCUUGCACACAAUACAACAGGUUAUCAAUACAAUAAUCUGUGCGAAUCAACACAGAAACAGGCGAACAAUAAUAAUAAUAACAAACAGCCCAUUAAAACAACUUUACUGAUUCCAAAGUCUUAUGAAUUGAUAUCUGAUAAUAAUAAUAAUACUAAUAAUAACAAUCAUAAUGAUAGCUGCAUAGAGUCGAAUAAAUCAAUAAAUUCAGGGAAUAAUAAUAACAUGUUCAGUUUGAAACGAUUAAUCAUUUCAAGUUUGUCACGUAAAACAAAAGUUGCUGAUAGUUGUAACGGUAUCCUACCGAAUAUGCAAAUGACAAGUGAAAGAUUCCAACGACUGUCUAUAGCUUCAGAUCGAAGUAAUCCUAUGGAGUCAGGUGAGCAUCAGAUGGAAUCUAGAAGAUAUCUGGGAAAUUCAACAAGUCGAUCAACAAUUGAAAUUCCUAUCUAUUAUUAUCAGCAACAACAACAGCAAGAGCAACAACGGCAACACCACCACCACCAACAACAACAGACUCCACAACAAUUCCUCUACUCUGGUAGUGAUGGGGAUGGUGAUGAUUCAACGAAAAUCCCAAUGCCUACUGGUUUAAGACCAGUCACUUAUACACAAACUUCCGGUAUAUCAUCACAAAAUCCUUAUUGGCUUAAUUCAAAUGAUGUUAUGACUGAUAGUAUAACUCGUGAAUAUCAAACCUCAUCUUCUUCGGGACAGAAAUCCCUAAUUAACUUCAAUACCUCAUUCAUUCAACAACAAGAUUCAACACACCUUCCAGAGGAUUAUUGUGGACAACGUAGACAAUUAUCUGAACCAAAUUCUCGAUUGAAACAUCGUUAUUCACACUGUUUAUCAACAGAUAUCAAUGGAAAAUGUUGUCCUACACAUCAUAAUCCACAAUAUUAUCAUCAACCUCGUCGUCAUGACAACAUCACUACUAAAAUGAAUAUGACUGGUGGUCAUUUCAGUACUACAGUCUCUUAUACGCCAAGUCUUAUUGAUUUAAGAUGGCCAACAAAGUUUAAAUCUUUGCAUAGAAAAGACUCUAAUGAACAAUUAUGUGUAAAUAGUUCACCGUAUUCUUUUAUUGAUAAUAAUAAUAAUAAUAAUAAGGAUGGGCAAAACUUUCAGAAUAGUAAUUACACAUAUCCCCCGACGACAUUCAAUGUAUGCGAGGCUGGAACAAUGCCUAGUCAUCAAGGCUAUCAUGACAAAUCAUCACCAAUGGAUCCUUAUUAUACACAACAAUACCAUGUACAACCUUAUCCAAUUUAUCAUUAUGCCCAUGAACAACAACCUUAUCAAAAUCCCAGUAAUAAUAAUAACAAUAAUAAUAAUGGCAAUGAUAGUGAAAAGUUAAAAGAAUAUACCCCAUGGAAUCGAAAUGAUACCUCCCCAGGAGCACGUAGUUGUAGCACCUAUGAUAUACCAUUCCCUGUUUAUUAUAAUUAUGACAAUCACAGAAUGAAAGGGAAUUCUACCUUGUCAGUAGAAAAAGAGCAUAUCGUGCCGCUUCCUGUAACUUUAUGUCCUUCUUCUACUUCUAUAAUGACUGCUACUACAACUACUAAUUCAAAUCGUCUUCAAACUGGUUGUGUAAGUGAAGGUUUAACACCUGAUAUAUUGGAUAUACCUAACACGAAUAACAAUAACAGCACCACCACCAACAACAACGGGAUGGGGAACGGGAACACCAAUCACGGAAAAUAUGUCCAAUUAUCAAGUAAAUUUGGUAGACGUUUAACUGAAUUUGGUGAAGAUUUAAUCUGUCCUGAAUCGCCUAUACAUGUACAACGAAAAACAGCAAUAACAGGAUUUGAUAAAUAUCGAAAUAUUACAAAAUCAAUAUCAUGUUAUGCUUUAAAACUUUUCACUCAUCAUAGUAAUACUGCUGCUAAUACGAACAAUAAUAAUAAUUCAUGUCAACAGAAGUGUAAAAAACUUUCUGUUGAAUCGACAGGUUUAACAAAAUCUUCUUUUCGAACAAAUGAUAUAGCCUAUGACAGGAAAAUGUUUAAACAACGCACUGAAAGAAAAUCAAGUGAUCGGGUGAAACGGAACUCUUCACAACGUGAUAUUGGAACAUUGAAAGGAUAUCAUCAACAGAUGAAUGAAAGUAAUCUAAUGCCGGACACAUUGACAUCGACAAAUAAAACAAGUAUGAGCAAUAAUAAUCACAAUAAUUCAACUAUACAAUAUCGAAACAGUGAUGCUCAAUCAACUGAUCGUGUUAAAUGUUUCAAUUAUCGAAAAGCAAUCAGUAAAACAAGCGGAAUUUAUGGAUUAUUUGAAAAUUUAAAAUCUGAUCAUAAAAUUGAUAAAAAUUCGAAUAUGAUGUAUUUUAGAAACUACAGUCAUAAUGAAAGAUACUAUUAUGAAUUGAAUAAUUCUAUGAUGAAUGCAACAAUUGCGGGGACGGGUUCUACAGCGACUACUACUACUACUACAGGAACAGCAGGAGCAACAACAACAACAGCAGGGACCACGAUAACACCUAACAUGUGUAAUUUCUUUCGACAGCCAAUAUUCAAGGCGAGUACAGGUGAAUUAUUAAAAUAUUUAUCAUUUUUUAUUGUUUCCCGUAUCCAAUUAAAUUUAAUCGAGAAUUCAAAACGUUUGCAUAAUUCAAAUUCAAAUCUGCAUAAUAUUCAACCAUCGAUUAUUGUUGCAUGGAUUCGAUCUAUUGAUCGGGCUCUUAUAUUACAAGGUUGGUCUGAAGUAGCAUUUAUCAAUCCUACACAUAUUGUCUUUUUAUAUAUGAUGUUAAAAACAUUCAUUGAAAAUGAUCACAAUAUUCAUACUGAACGGGAAUUACACACAAUCAUUAUGGCUUGUCUUUAUUUAGCCUAUUCAUAUAUUGGUAAUGAGAUUAGCUACCCUCUAAGACCAUUCCUGAUUGCUGAGGCAAAUCAAUUGAUAUCUCAUUCAGAUAGCAAUACUAAAAAGUCUUUGCUGAAUACGACAACAGAUUCAGGGACAGGAGCAGGAGGAGCUGGAGCAACGACAGGCACUAAUAUUGAAAGUUGUUUAAAAUCGAAAGUUAUCGAUGAGGUACGUAAUCGUUUUUGGCAAUAUGUAAUACGUGUUGUAAAUGAGAAAUCCUCAGAUAUGCUACGUAUUAACGCUGAUCCAAUGUUAUUUACACAAAUGUUUAAAGAAUUAACCUCUUAUGAGAGUAUAUUUGUACCAAUGAAAUUGCCCACUGUGAAUCGUAAUCAUAAACAAUGACAAUGAGGUAAUCAUCGAUUGUCAAUAAUAAAAAUAAUAAUAAUAAUAGACUCUAUGUAUAUUACAAAAACAGAUAACUAUGAUCGGCGCCAUAUUGUAGCGAAUAGACGCACACAUUUAUUCAUAUAGUUACUCAAGAUUCUACACAUGUAUGCCCAUGGGGUAAAUACUACCCAGUUGCUUUACACACGCACAAUCGCUUACUAAGAGGUAAUAAGUAGUGAGAUCAUAUUUAGUGUAAAAACGUUCUAGUCUAUUAAAUAAUCACAAA